AUGGGCGCCCGCCGCAUCGUCAUGGACUGCCCUGACGAGAGCGAUGUGACGGCGAUGGGUGCUUGGGAGGUGCGCGAAUGCCCUGCGGAGGAGAAAGCGAAGUACUGGGAGGGCGUCCAAAAGGGCAUGGCUCUUGUGGGCCCAAAUCGGCGCAACGUUUUGGACGGACGCUGGCAUAAGCUUGCGAGUCGCCUGGAGGGGGCGAUGGGGCGGCUCACGGCAUGGGCCGUCAAUUGCCACGUCGGGCUGGACAAAACGGAUUUGUGGUGCUGCCGCGUUCCGGCAGAAGACUCCUCGACGAUGGGUCCGGGUGGUGACGGGGCGGGGGACGGAGUGCUUCCAGAACGCCCCGGCUUCUGCCGCGGUCAGGGCCGAAGUGUUGGUGCGCGUGACGAGGGCGAUGCGGACGCGCGCCGGCUUCAUGACGGUGCCGAUGCCCCAUCAUGUGCUGCUGCCGUCCGCCGUGCGGGUGCACGCAGUAGGCGCGUUCAUGUGCCCGGGCUUUGUGAGCAGGGCGCGGCGCAAGCUGCGCGAGCUGCAGCCCCCGACGGAACGCGAGCCACGCCCCUGCCUGCUGCAAACGAACCCGCGGCUGUGCCCCACCGACGCGGUCGCACUGCGACCGAAUGUGCUCCAUCCCGGGAAGGUGGACGCAAACUACCGGGUGCUGUACGUGCCGGGGUCGAAAACUUUCCGCCCGUAGGCGCCUUUUUCUUCGUUGAGGCGCCGCGGAGGACGACGGUUGGGCUGCAGACAACCACGGCGAAGGCGAGCCACGUUGUAAGCAGC